AUGUCUUUAUUAUUCAUUUCAGUGAUUACAUUUUUAAUAAAAUAUACAAUAUCAUAGGUAUAGAUUCUAAAUGAAACCUUUAAAUAAUUAACUUAUGAUGAUAAUCUUGCUAACACUGAAAAUUAUUGGGUUAGUUAACCACCUUUUAGUGAAGGUGGAAUAAGUUACUAAUGUUUAAAAAGUCUUGAAUUCUAGCCAUAGCUAUUAUUAAUGGGACCAAAUUAGCAGCUCACUAAAGUAUUUAACGCACUAUCCUUGACUAAAGGAAAAUAUUUUUAUAAGUUUAAUGUGACUUUAAAUCUUCUCUUAAUUGAUAUGAAUAGAUCAAGCUUUUCUUUAUCUCUUACUUUUAAUGGGAAAUCAGUAACUUUUCCUUAAUAAGGAUAGAGCAGUUAUACUUCAAAUAGCAAAGAUUUUUAUUGUUAUGAAGCUUUGACAUAUCUAAUACCAUGCUCAGAUUACUGCUUUGGAUAAAAAUAUGAUUCUUAGAUUAGUAUAAGCAAUAUGUUUUCAGGUUAUCAAGAUAAUAUUUAAAUUUAAUUAAGCUCUAACGCAAUCAAUGAUGAAUAAGUUGGGAUUAUUAGCUUACAGAUAGAAGCUUAUCUCUGUGACCCUAAUUGUUUGAAAUGCUAAAACAGUCCAACUUAAUGCAUAUAGUGCUAGAAUAGCUCUUAAGCAAUAGAUUUCGAAUAAUAAAAUUGUGUUGAUAGUUGCCCAUCUGGAUAUUACUAAACGAAUGAUGCUUCAUAUCCCCUUUAGCAAGUUUGUAAGAAAUGCGAGGUUUAAAAUUGUGAAUAGUGCACUAGUGGAAUGACAUGCUUUAAAUGUUCAGAUGGAUACUAUUUUGAUGGUAGUCAGUGUUCUUAAUGUGAUAGUUUAUGCGGUACAUGUUCAACAUCAGCUUCUUUAUGUUUGACUUGUAGUGAUGGAUAUUACAUGGCAACUGGUAGCAUAUGUACUCCUUGUCCUACUGGAUGCUCAUCUUGCUCAUCUAACACUUAUUGUAGUUCAUGUAAUGAUGGUUAUUACUAGCUAAAAGUGGAUAGUUAAACAGCAACAUGUAAUCCUUGCUUGUAGAAUUGUAAAUCUUGCACAGAUAAUACGUCUUGCAAAGAGUGCUUUUAAAAUAAAUACUUAUACAAUAAUGACAUCAGUAAAAAUUAUUACUAUUAAUGCGUUACUGACUGCGGUAAUAAUUAAUUUAUUUCUAAUGAUAACUCUAAAUGUAUAAAGUUUUAAGAUUCAAAUUGUAUAAAUGCUUCCCCUUCAUAAGGUUGCUAAAAUGGUAAUUGUAAUUUUCCUUAAUAUUCAAAUUUCCAAAAAGAAUGUGUUUAAAGCUGCUAAGAUGGGUUUUACAAAGGAUUUAAAGACCCAAGUUAAACUUUUACAUAGUGCUAUAAAUGUCCACAGGGAAACUAAAAAUGUAGUUCUUAAAAUUAUUCUAUCUAAUGUGAAAAUGGAUACUAUUUAUAACAUGUAAGUACACAGCAGCAAAAUUGUUUAUAGUGUGAAUAAAAUUGUGAUUCGUGUACAAACGGAGUAAGUUGCAAGAAAUGCAGCAAAAAUUAUAAUCUAGACGGUGCUACUUGUGUAUAAGAGUGCUCAGGAAGUUAGUAUAGCUAAGAUUAGAUUUGUAAGAAUUGUCCCAUAUAAAAUUGUUUAAAAUGUAAAGAUAAUAAAGUGUGUGUUAAAUGCAAACCUGGCUAUGAUAUAGUAAAUGGCAUAUGCGAAAUUUCAUGUACAGAUGGUUAAUUCCGCAGUUUAAAAACUUUAAAAUGCACUAGCUGUUUAAGCGGAUGUAAAGUUUGCACUAGUUUAAUCGGCUGCUAAGAGUGUUUUCCAAGAUACUUUGGACAAUAAACAUGUUCUAAAUGUGAUUAAAGCUGUUAUAAUUGCCAAGGACUAUCACCUAAUCAAUGUACCUCUUGUGAUCCUUAGUCAAAUCUAUUUUUAUAUCAAAAUUAAUGUAUCCCAAAAUGUCCAAAUGGUUACUUUAACGAUACUUCGUCGAUGAGCUGUGUACCUUGUAAUGAUCCUAAUUGUAAAGUAUGUGAUAAAGGAACUAAUACUUGCUCAUUAUGCAGUGAUCCUGACUUAUAUCUGGUAGAUAAUUAAACCUGCUCUUCAACUUGCUAACAAGACCACUAAAACUUUACAAAAAACAAUAUUAAAUAAUGCCUUAAAUUAUCUUGUCCUACUGGAUAUUACUAAGUUGAAGAUAAAUGUAAAGAAAUAUGUGGAGAUGGCUUAAAUUUCGGCGAGUAUCAAUGCGAUGAUGGCAAUAAUCUAAAUGGAGAUGGUUGCAGCUCAAUUUGUGGGAUAGAAUAUCUCUUUGUUUGUCAUAAAGAAUCUAAUCAUGGUAAAAGUAUUUGCUAUCUUCCUCUUUCUUAUAAAGCAUCUUCUCAGAAUAAAAAUUAAGUUAUUUUAUAGUUUCUUACAGAUGUUCAGGUAACUUAAGAUUUUAUUAAGUACUUGAAAAUAUCUCUAGAAGGAUUAAAAUCUUCUGCAUACACCUAUGCACUUUCAAAUUCAAAACAGAGUAAUAUGAUAAAGAUUGAGUUUUAAUUUAACAUUCAAGUUUAAAAUACAAUCACUACUAUCAUUUAAAAUGGCCAAAUACAAAAUGUUGAAGAACUUACGCUUACUAAAUCUCCAAAAGGUUCCUACAUUUUAGAUGCAGCAACUCAAACUGUGUAAAUGAAUACUGAAUAUGUUGCUUAGGAAUCGUAAAAAUAAGCAGCUUAGAGUAUUUAAGCCACUUCUAAAGCUAUUUCGACAACAGUAAUAGCUUCUCUAGUUCCAAUAACUCUAUCAGGUGGAAUUACCCUAGUUGCAAGUAUUAUUGAUAUUGCAUAGAUCAUAAAGCUUCAUAAAUAUUUAGAUAUAGAAUUUCCUGUUAAUUUGGAGCUCUAUUUUACUGUUUUUGAAGAUUUUUCUUUUCCUUUUGUAACUAACUUUUUUGAGUACGCUAUUCCUGAACACUAUGAGAAACCUACUUUUGAAGUAUUUGAAUAGAAAGAUCUUCAAGCUCUUUUUAUCAAGAAUGCAGGAUAACAUUAUACUUUGUUUAUAUUUACUGCGGCUGUUCAUUUAUUGCUUAAGCUCAUAGGAAUUAAGUUUAAAAUGAUUGGUAAAUUUGUUGAUAAACUUUUUAUUUAUGCCAUAUAUCAUGAAGUAGUUAUGUCUGUCUAUUUAGAAUUAGUUUUCAACAUUCUUUUAUAGUUUACUAACAUGAGUGUUGAAAAACCAGUAGACUACCUUAAUUUAACAGUUAUGAUGUUAACUAUUAUUUUUGUUUUACCAAUUCCCUUUGCUGCUGCUUACUUGAUGAAAAAACAUUUUCAUAGACUCAAAGAAAAGGAUAUUGAAGAAAAAUUUGGUAGCUUGUAUGAAGGAUUGAAGCAUGAGUAUAUCUGUAUGAUAUACUUUAUCAUUUUACAUUUUAGAAAAAUAUUAAUUUCUUUGUUGAUAAUAUACUUCUAUCAAGUAACUAUCGUCUAAUGUGCUAUUUUGUCUAUCAUGCCUCUACUUCUGUUAGCUUUUGUUAUUAAAAAACAGCCUUUUCAACAUAAAAAGGAGAACAUCAAAAUGAUAAUUUAAGAAAUAUGUUUUUCAAUUUGCUGCUUUUUAUUUAUUGGAUUAAAAUCUAUGGAUGGCUCACUUGAAGAAAAUAGAAUCUAAAUUAGUUGGGCAAUUAUUACAUUCUUUACAAUAAUACUUCUUCUCCAUUUUUAUUUUAGCAUGAGAGAAAUCUAUUAUGUUAUCCUUAAAAAACCUACACAAUUUAUAUUUGUUAUAAUUGUUAAAUUUUGCUAGAAGCUCAGAAAUCAACCAAAAAAAGUAUCUCCAUAAUCAACAAUAUCAAGUAAAAAGGAUAAUUAGGACUAAAUUUUUGAAAAAUAAAACUUAUAGAAAUCGAUAAUCUCAUGUAAUAAUAGUUAUAGUAAAAAAAGCAGCAUAGAGUAGUAAUUAAAUAUCAAUAACUAAGAAUAUAAAAAAAAUUAUAGUAAGGAGGAUGCUGCAAGUAUUGAAAAUUAUUGCAUGAUUGAUUAAGCUAAACAGAAAACAGCAAAUAUUAUUUCAAAUAAUCAAAUAUCUUGUUAAGAUUUUUCUUAAGUAAAUACAUUUAGAGAAUUACAGUUUUAGAUGGCAGAGGAUGCUGCUUAAAAAAUAGAAAAUUUAGUUCAGGAUGCUCCUUAAAAAAUAGAAAAUUUAGUUUAGGAUGCUCCUUAAAAAAUAGAAAAUUUUAUUUAAAUACCUUUUGGCAGAAGAAUACCAAGAGCUUUUACAUACAAAAAUCUUUUUAAAAAUUAAGAAAGCGGGUUUUAAUCUCCAAAUACUAAUAGAAAUAGCACUAGAUUUACAGAGUUUCCAUCAACUUUAUUAGCACAGUAAAGUUCAUGUGAUGUUUCUUUUAGUAAUAAGAUCUUAGCAAAUAAUAAUUAACCUUUAAUAGAUAGUCCAAGCGACAGUGCUAGGCAGAUAUAUAAGUCAAAAUACUCAAAUAUAAUUUACCUAAAUAACUCUCCUAAAAAGAAUUAAGAUAGUGAAAAAAUAAUAGAAAAUGAAGAUGACUUUAAUAAUACAAAUUAAAUAUAAAUCCAAAAAUACAUACGAAGAUAAGAAAAUAAACAAAAUUCUUUUCUUAAAAUAUAAAACUCAAAUGUAAAUACUAAUAAUUAAAAAAUCUAAUAAAUAGAAACUGUCCCAUAUCAAAUAUAAUAAGAACAAAAUUCAAAAGAAUUUAAACAUGAUACUCUGUAAGAUUUAUAAAUAUAGGAUCUUUAAUAAUAGAAAAAUUCUGAUGAUGAUAACACCAUUCAGUAAUAAAUAAAAAGUGGAUUAGUUAUCAAAAGCCUUAAAAGAAUAUCUGUAUAAGAAAAUAAUUUAUAGUAAUCGAAUUCAAUAGAGAACCAAAACCUUGAAUAUAAAGAUUAGUCAGAGAAAAUAACAAGUUUAGAAAAAUUAAAUUAAAAAAUGAAUUUAAAUAAAGAUAAUUAAUCUAUAAAACUUGCAGAAGAAGAUGACUUUGAUUAAAAUUUCUCAAUAAUUUAAUCAAGUAAAUCUAUAUUUUUUAGGUCUAAAAACUAAUCUUAGACAGGAGUAGUAACAUCAGGAUAUUCUAAAUUUCACUAAAAAGGCAAGAAUAACACUAUACUAGUAGGUUAAUAGUGA